GCCAUGGCGGCGGUGCUUUGGGGCCGGUGCCUCUCUCGGGCGUGGCUCUGCAGGAAAGCCGGGCAGAGAUGCGGCCGGUACUACCGCGCAGCGCUUUGCGCCGAGCUGAAGAAGUCCUUGACCAUUGACGAAGUGGCCCCCCGCCCCGUUAGGCCUCACGAGGUCAGAGUUGAUGUCCAUUUCUGUGGAGUUAACUUUGCUGAUAUUUUGGUCUGCCGUGGUCAAUAUCAGGAAAGGCCCCAUCUUCCUUUCACACCUGGAAUGGAGUUUUCUGGGACAGUAUUGGAGACAGGCACAGAUGUCAGCACAGUGAAAGAGGGAGAUCGAGUUAUUGGUGUGAGUGGCCUUAAUGCUAUGGCUGAGGAGUGCAUCACCGACCAGAAGAGCCUCUGGCAGAUUCCAGAAAAGGUCUCCUUAAGAGAAGCUGCUACCCUACCUAUAUCUUACAGCACUGCUAUUUUGGCACUUGAGCAUCGGGCCUGCACACAGCCCGGAGAAACUGUUUUAGUGACAGCAGCAGCCGGAGCCACAGGCCUCGCAGUGAUAGAUGUGGCAACAAACAUUCUUCAGGCAAAGGUAAUAGCUGUUGCCGGAAGCGAUGAGAAGUGCAAGCUGGCGAUGCAAAGAGGUGCCCAGUUUGGCAUGAACUACAACCAAGGCAGCCUGAAGGAGGCAGUGAGGAAGCUGGUGGGGAGCGAUGGGAUAGAUGUGGCCAUCGACAUGGUGGGAGGAGAUGUCUUCCUGGAGUCUCUCCGCAGCCUGGCAUGGGAGGGCAGGAUUGUGGUGGUCGGAUUUGCAGGAGGAAACAUUGCUUCUGUGCCAGCCAACCUUCUACUCCUGAAGAAUGUCUCUGCCAUGGGCAUAUACUGUGGUCGAUACAAAGAUAAGAACUUUCCUGUCUUCUCCAAGAGCCUAUCCUCGGCUCUUCAGUACUGCCAGCAAGGGCGCAUCCAGCCAUAUGUCGGAACGGUUUUCAAGCUAGAGGAGAUCAAUGAUGCCUUCCAUCAUGUGACAGAGCGCAAAACCAUGGGCAAGGUGCUUCUCUCUUUAAAAUAAACCCUCAUCUCAGCAGCAAACUCAGUAUGUCCAAAUUCAAACUCAUCGUCUUCCCCCCCCCAAAACCCUGAUUUCCCUUCUGUGUUUCCAAAAUGUUACCAAGUUUCUUACUAAUCCAGGUGUAAAAUCUUAAGAGUCACCUUUGAUUCUGUUUUUCUAUUGCUUCUAAUUUAGUUUGAUAACAUAGUUUAUUGUCCAAACUUGUACUUUUUUGAGAAUAAAAGGUACUACUAAUAACUACAUCAGGAAAAGAUGUCCCAGGCAAACCAGGAUAUAUGGCCACCCUACUCAUAAUGCAGCAGUCACCAAGUUCUCUCAUUCCAAUUUCUAAGAUACAUCUCACCUCCAAAUCUCUUUUCUAUAUGACUAAUUGCGUCUCAUCAGCUAUCUCCAGUGACCUUCUGUCUUUCCUUCCUUUAAACUAUCCCACCCCCUCCAUCCUUAUUAUGCAUUAUUGCUGUGGUGAUCUUCCUAAAGCAGAGUUCUGACCGUGUCUCAUGUCAGAAAACCUACAGUGGCUCACCAUGGCCUACAUCAAGGAAUCAGAUUCCUUGAGCUGGCAUUUCAUUACAGCCAUGAUUUUGCCCUGCUCUACUUCCCAGCUUUAUUCUCUGCAACUCCACUGGUGCCUAAGUAGACAGUCUUACAGUGGGCUCUCCUUCCUUUGCUCAUGCAUUUCCUCUGUGCUUCAUCUCUGUCAAACCUAAGCCUUCCUGACCUCUAAGACCUACCUUGGCCAUGUGCCUUUACCCUUGGGAGAGUGGUGUCUCUUCUUCUCUUCUACCUUCCUGUAGCUUCUCCUCCAAGAUUUGUCUCUUUUUGCCUUGAACCAUAGAGAACAACAUAUGUAGUGGAUUGAACACAGUUUUUGAAUCCAAGGUGUGGGUUCGAAUCUCAAACUCACCACUUUAGGUUAUUUAAGAUUUCUGUAGCUUUAUUUUUCUCGCAGUAAAGGGGACAUUAUGAUAUCUUCCUCACAAAGUUUUUGGGUAAGCAAUUAGCAAAUGCUAGUUACUUUCACUUCUUUCUCUUCUUCUUUUUUUUUUUUUU